AUGAACCAGUCGGAGAACCAACCCAAGACUAAACCAGGGAUAUUUAAAUCCCUGUGGUCAAGUUCCAGUAACUCAUCCCUCACAUCCUGCUGCUCUCUGUUCAGCGACUGCAUCCGUGCAGCGUCGACCAGGACCAGUGAAUAUCUUCUUUUCUCCGACCCAAAAAACAAGUUCCAGCCCAGCCCUGCUGCCCUGUGUGAGAUCUUCCUCAUGACCUACAUCCAGCGCAGCAACCAGCUAAACCUCACAGAGACCAUCCACUGCACGGUGAUGACCCGGGAACAGAGGCUCGUUCUGGGGGCCGACUGGGUCUGGGCUCUCCUGGACUCUUCCAGCAAGAAGGAGCCCAGAGUCCAAAUUGCUGUGCAGGUCCUGCAUCCUCCAGAGAAAAUGAAGGAGAAUGUUGAGGAACGUUCCUCAGACGCCUACAAGGAGAUCUUACGUACGGCUGGAAUGGAACCCAUGGAGAAAACUGGAGCUGAGAGAAUGGUGGAGUUCUGCUCUGCCAUCGGGAAGACCUGCUUUGCUCUUUUUCUCUUUUUCGGCGUCAAGAAAGACCCGGCGAACAUCUACGGGCUCCUGAGCAACAACCUGCAUGUGGCUGUUGGGAAGUGCGUUCAGAUUGACCAGGCUUUUAUAGAGAAUUUCUUCAGAGGAGCCAAACACUAUGUUUCUCCAGCUGCGAUGUUGCAGACGGUGCUGAAUAAGCAGGAUAAUGAGCCUCUCACCAUGCUCGUCAAAUUUAAUAUAUAGAUAUAUAUAUAUAUAACCUUCUUAUUUUCAUAAACAACAGUUGUGACUGUUAACCCUUGUGUGGUGUUCAUAUUUUUGUUACUCGUUUACUUUGUUACUUGUAUUUAAUUCAGCAAAAUUAAUUCAAUUCUAAAUUAAAAUGCUUUACACAUGCUUGCUUCACCUAAACUGCAAGCAAUAUAAACAGCUUACAUGGUUAAUAUUUGCCCUUUACCUUUCUUAUGUUACAUUUCUUUCAAAAAGUGCUACUCUUUUUUAUUACUCAAGAUAUGAGUAGAAAAUUUGUAUGUAAU